AUGGCAAUCCUCACGAGUCUCCCCAAUGAACUUCUACUCUCCAUCAUAGCAGACGUAUCUCCGUUAUACAUUGAAUCAUUCGCGCUCAGCUGCAAGCGGAUCUACUAUUUGUGUAUAGACACAAUCCGGGAACAUGACAUUGUGAGAAGCAGACUUGCGGAGAUGCAACCACUGGGGCUGCUGAGGACUCUGUCGUUACACUCUGAAUUAGCCUUGUAUCCAAUAUCCUCGAAGCUUACAUACACACCCUUCGAGAUGGAAUUCCUGCAGCUAGACACUAGCAUCAACGAUGCGCCACUUAAAAGUGACAUCAACGCGUGGGCACUUCAGAGCCCGUUUACCAUUUUUCAUGAGACCGACGAACGCCACAAAAGUGUUAGAGACUUAGCGAUGCCGCUAAUGGUUACAAGCCUUCUGAACCUUCGCAAGAUAGACUGGGCCAUUGCCUAUCCCCGUUACCUGCUAGAAGCGGUCUCGCAGAUCGUGGAAGCAAGCCGUGAGCCCCUUUCCAGCGUUCGACAACCGUUGGCUUUCGGCAGGUUGAAUGAAGUCCGCAUCGUGACCACUUGUGACUGCACCUAUGGGAUGGGCCUUGCGGUACUACUUGCGAUGAUCCCUUCCGUCAGGAAACUGAAGGUUUUGCGUAUAUGCAACACCAAUCCGUUUGUUUGCCCGUACCCGCGUUACGACUCUGGUGUCACAGAGAUGAUCUUGGACGAAUACGCUGACUCGAGCUAUCUGGUGGAGUUAAUCAAGCAUACGAAUCGCUUGCAGAAGUUCACAUACAAUCACAAUAUCUAUGGUACGGGUACCUCAGCAAAGUUCGAACCUCGGCAUGUGGCAGAAAUCCUGAAACAACGCGCUGGACAUAGCCUUCUCUAUCUGAAUCUAUCAAUUGAUGUUCCAGGAUGUCUUGGAUAUCUGUGCCGGGACCGGUACCGGAAUCACAACGAUCUGUCUCUCGGACCUCUUCGAAGCUUCAGUGUCUUAAGAACUAUAGUGACAUGUGUCGAUAUGUUCAUCAAGACGCGUGGACUCAGCGAAUUUGGGAAUGGGACUGGCACGGUGCAGAGACUGGUAUCGUGGUUGCCAACUAGCCUCGAGGCACUGGUUCUCCACCAAGGGUUGGAAGAGUGGGAUAAGGACACCUUGCGGAUGCUGUUUCGAGGAUUUCGAAAGAACAAGCAGAAACGCGUUCCGAAUCUCAAACUCAUCGAUUUCGUGCAAUGUCCUAGCUUCGAGCCACUGAUGUCGGACAAUAUGAAGACCGCUUUUCAAGGAAUGGGAGUGAAAGUAGGCUACACUCUGUACUGGUGCAGAAAUCCCGAGUGUCGUCAGGUAUUUGAGCAGCUGGAAGACUGGGAAGGGCGCCCUUGGGUAGAAGCGCUUGAAGAGUGCUGUCAGCACGAAUGGUUGGGAUGA